UCUCCUCUGACACCUUCACCGGUCCUACCCAGAAGUCCUUCCCACAGGACAUCCAUCCAUCAGGGAUACUUAUCAACCCAAGGACCAAGACUGCCAGGAACCAGGGUAUUAGAAGGAGCAGCCAGCCUUAGUGAGUUGUCCCUGAGGUCAACUCGAGAGGUUGAUGGGUACUAAGUUUUACUGUCUGUUGGAGCCGACCCAGACACCAGAGCCUCACAGCUGGCCUGGGGACAUACUGUAAUAGAGUUCCACUUGGACAGAAAACACCAGCACCUUCUGAGGUAGUUGUACCCUUUUAACUCAAAUGAAGUGAAAGUGUGACAGGAGGAUUUUAUAUACACACAAUUCAUGUCAGGUAGCGGUUAGAGCGUUGGACUGAAUCCCCGAGCUGACAAGGGAAAAGUAGUAUCUGUUUGACUCCUGAGCAGAAUGAAUCACCUGGCCCACCACAGUGAAAGAUGGGGUCUAGGCCUAAUAGAACGCUCAUGAUGUCUCUUCUGAAACUCACAUUGUGAACUAUGGAACACUCUGGUUCACCUCUGACCCCCAACCUCAGUGAUACUACAGCCAAUGACAGCCUGCGGUGGGGGCUGGGGUCGCCCUUCGCCUCGGCCCCUAGCAAACAGCUGGGCACCUUGCCCAACGCCCAGACCCGCUUCAAGGACCUGUCAGGGAUAUUGUUCAUGGUGACCUUGAACGCGGUGGCCCUUCUGGCUAACACAGCCGUGCUGGUGGUGGUGGUCAAGGCCCCGCACCUCAGGAAGUUUGUCUUUGUGUGCCACCUGUGUGCGGUGGACCUGCUAUGUGCCGUACUGCUCAUGCCCCUGGGCAUUGUGUCCAAUUCGCCGUACUUCGCCAGUGUGGUGUUCACAGUACUGGAGUGCCAGGUAUACGUCUUCCUCAACGUGUUCCUCAUCGCAGCCUCCAUCUUCACCAUCACGGCCAUCAGCGUGGAGCGUUACUACUACAUUGUCCACCCCAUGCGCUAUGAGGUGAAGAUGACCCUGAAGCUGGCCGCAGCCGUCAUGGUCCUGGUCUGGGUGGCCUCAGGCCUGCUGGGGCUGGCCACUGUGUUCGGCUGGCCCAGCUACAGCAGCCUGAGCUCCAUCAGUGCCGCCCACUGCUCCCUGCACUGGAGCCACAGCAGCCACCGCCGGGCCUUCUCUGUCCUCUUCACAGUGGCCUGUUUCUGCCUGCCUGCUGCGGUCAUCUUCGCUGUGUACAGUAACGUCUAUAAAGUGGCCCGCAUGGCGGCUAGACAGCAUGGACCGUUACCAUCCUGGACGGCCAGUCAUCCUAAACACCGCUCUGACUCCAUCAACAGCCAGACCACAAUCAUCACCACCCGCAGUGCCCCCAGGAGGCUGCACCACCACAGGCCCUUCGGUGGGUGCAAGGCCGCCCUCACCCUGGUGGUCAUUGUGGGCCAGUUCCUGCUCUGCUGGCUGCCUUACUUCUCCUUCCACCUGCACCUGACUAUCAACAACCAGCCCAAGAUCCCCGCCGACCUAGAGAAGGCCGUCACCUGGCUGGCGUACUCCUCCUUCACCGCCAACCCUUUCUUUUACGGGCUGCUGAACCGCCAGAUCAGGGAGGAGCUGUGUAAGCUGCGGCGCUGCUACUCUGUCCGGCCCGUCGAGCUGGCCAUAUCCAGCAGCCACGAGGGCUCGGCACAUGAGAACUUCCUGCAGUUCCUCCAGAGAACCAGCUGUACGGUGGAGACCAGAGCCAGCUUUACCUGCACAUCCAGCCCCAGGAACACCCUGGACCAAACUGGGCAGCAGACGGCUGGCUUCAGGAUACCUGGGCAGAUACCUGAGGAUUUCAGUUAAAAUGCCCCUGAUAUACUAACCUGGUCCCCACUUAUAUACUGUCACUGUACUGACACUGGUACCUGUCUGCUAUUGGCAGAAGAGUUCAGAUAAAACUGUUAAGCCUGGACAAGACUGGGCAGAUUGCUGGGUUGAAGAUACCAUGGCAGAUGCCUAAUGAGUUCAGUAACAAUACUCGUAGAUACUGUACGCAUGUCAUGCCACUGGCAUCUACUGUAGUUGACUGCUGUAACAGUGUGGCAACAGUACUACCAGCUACACACUGCCCUUGAUUUAAAACACACAUAGACAGCACUUGGAAAGGACAACAAAUAGAAUGUUUUUCUUUUGAUAUUUCUAGUUUGUUAAUUAGAUUGAGUUUAUUCCGCAUCCAGAGGUGAGUCCAGAAUCCAGCAUAUAACUGAAGUGCAUUAUGUGCUGAAAAAUACUCUUUUCUCAAUUAUGAAUUGUUAUUUCUAGCUACAACUACCACUAAUAGAGAGACUAAUUCAGCUACCUACCACCAACCAUUCCAAUCACCUAUAUUUGUACAUAUUCUACUACCACUUCUACUACACAACCACCAGUACACAUUUUGAGUUGAAAGACAAUACAAAUUAUAUUUCCUCUGUAUCAAAUAUUCACUGUCUAUUUAUUAUUAAUUCCAAUGUUCAAUGCAGGGAGCAUUCAAUAUUUUAAGUGUAACAGUUGAGUUAUUUCUUUUACACACAAUCAAACUUGAUACCUUUACUAUUUGGUUCUCAAUUGAGGUUUAAUUGCAAUAUUCUUAACUAUGUACAGUAUGUUUCUUACAAAGCAAUGCGUUAUUAUCCGUUAUCAUAAAUGAAAGCACAUUGCAUUCAAUAGGCUACCUUUUUACAGGUGAUGGCAGAGACUACACUCUCCAAGGGAACUUCUUUCUAUAUGGGCAAGUUGAUUUAGCUAUAACUGUACAAAUAAACUUCUGAAAGAUCUGUUUGCAAGAAAUUACGCUUAUGCUGUUCUAAAAAUAAUGUCCUCUUCACUGCACAUUUAUGAAAAGCUGAAGACUUCACCCUAUAACUCCCACACAGCACCGAGAGAGAUUAAGGGAUAAUGUGGGAUAGAGAUAGACAUGGGUGAUCAACGCAAAAGAACAUUCUGAGCUACAUUUUCAAAAGCCUAUCGUGUCCCCUUUAUGCACGGCCCAGAUUCGAACGAAAAUGGGAAUCUGCGAACAAAUAGAUAAACAAAUAGAUAAAUAAACAGAUGAGUUGAAUAGAUACAGAUGUAGGAUCUAUAUUUGAUCACCCCGUUGCAGGAGAAAUGUGUGUAUUUGAGGGUUGAAAAAACUUUUGAAGUUUGUAAUUUCCAUUUCUGAAAAAUAUAUCAACCCCUACAAAAUUGUCCAUUAACUAUAAUCCACAUAAUAAUUCACAUUUCCUGUUGCUACAGGAUUAUGUUCCUGCUGUAGCAAACUGGCUCAAAUUAAGAUCCUACAAAUGCAUAUGAAUGAGCUCCAGAUCCUGGUCCAGCUCUGCACACUCCUGACAGCUGACUGGGUCGUCAUGGGAAUGCCCUGAAAAAACAGAAAGUGGGAGCAUCUUCAGUGUUUUUGAGGGAAUUCAGGGUAGCUUGAGCUUGUGACAGCCAGGCAGAGGAAAUACAUCCUAAACUGAUUCACACACACACACACACCAAUACACACACACACAGCCUAUUAUACACACAUCGCAGGCACGCAUGUACACACACACCAGUUUAAAAAACAAGGUCAGGGUAUUUAUUAAGGCUACAUUCAGGGCCAAGUAUUGUAAAAUUCUAAAAGCAUGAUAACACAGUGACAGUUUAUGAUGCUCUGCUUUUUGAUGUGCAAAUACUGUAUCUUGAAAUGGCUAUCACUUCUACAGUAGAACAUCUACAGAGAUGGAGUAUCCAGAAUAAACAAUGACAGGCAGGGUAUUCAGCAUGGAAACUCAACACUGGACCCCAGCAGCCUCUGUCUCAGUCUGUUUUUCUUUAAAGGAGGUUGAUAAGCUUGGUCGAUUAUAUUGACACCUGGACAAAACCUAGUGACGACAUAAAGUCUACAG